AGUUCAAAUCGUAACUACGGACAGACAGCUUCUGUUCAAAAACGAGAAACGAAAUAAAAUUACUAAAUAGACAAAAUUUCGAAUACGAACGCAAUGGCACGCGGUCAUCAGAAGAUCCAGUCGCAGGCAAAGUCCGCGGAGAAGCAGGCAAAAAUGAAGAAGCAACAGGGCCACAGUGGCCAGGACCAAAAGAAGUCCGCCCUGAAGGCUCUGGUGCAUGUGUGUGCCAUCUGCAAGUCCCAGAUGCCGGAUCCCAAGACCUACAAGCAGCAUUUCGAGAAUAAGCAUCCCAAGAGUGCGCUGCCCGAGGAGCUAAAGACUAUCUAAGAGGAUAAACAAUCAACCAUUCCAUAGACACACAAAUGCAAACUGUUUUGAUUUUUAUUUCGAUUUUAUUUUGAAUUGUAAUUGGCAUAGAUACGAUACAACGAAGA